AUGGAAACCAAACUUGCCAGUGGUUAUUAUGACUUUUCAAUUAGUGUGGAGGGAGACAGCCGCUACCUGGCAAGUCAAGUGGAGCUCAAUGUAACAGUAUCCACAGAGGCUGGAAUUGAAAAUGUUGACCUCUCAAUUGUAGACGAAGACCAAAGUAUGCCUCCAAAGACUUCCAGGGUAGAGUACAACUCGAAAGCUAAAGGAUCCUUCACUGCUGAUAGCCACCAUAAUUUUGCCUUGUCCUUCCAGCUCACAGAUGUGAACACUGGGCUAAUCUCACACCGCAAGCAGAAGACCAGACAGGACGUUGUAUUUGUAGCUGAGCCAGACAGUAAGAACAUCUAUAGGUUAGAGCUUGACCCAUCUGAGAGGAAGUCUGAGUUUGACUCUGCAAUAGGAACAUACAAACUCAUAGCUGAUUUGGUCAUUAAGUUCCCUGAAGAGGACUGUCCAACUCUGAUCCAGUCCAAAAACCUGUUUAACCCCAAGCAAGAUAUUCCGCAUUUAUUUAGAGAGCCUGAGAAAAGACCUCCUAAUGUUGUAUCCACAACCUUCACUGCGCUGGUCCUUUGGAUAAAAGUGAGUAUAAAUAUCUCCUUCAGAACUUUUCUCCCUGCACCCUUAUCUUUCACCUGGGACACGCAGCUAUGUUGGGCCUGA